GUAAAACCCUAGUUGCCUAACUCGGUCUCUCUCUCCUAGUCUCCCUUCGAGUCCCGACCCUAUCUCUCUUCCUCUGCUCUCUAUUUUCUACGGCUACGGAAGCAUCCGUCUUCUAUAGUUCCCCUGACGCCGCCGACGACUCGCUGCAGUAGCAGGGCCAAGCUCCCGACGACGACAGCAGGCCAUCUUCUCCGGUGCUGUGGGUUUAUCAUUACCAGUGAAGUUUGUAGUGAUACGCUCAGUAACUAAUAAAAUGUCAUCCCUGAGGAAUGCCAUUAGUAGACGGGCUCACAAAGAACGAGCUCAACCACAAGCGAGGAAAAAAUUUGGGUUUUUGGAAAAACACAAGGACUAUGUCGAGCGUGCAAAAGUAUUUCACAAAAAGGAGGAGACUUUACGGAGACUUAAAGAGAAAGCUGCCUUCAGGAAUCCUGAUGAAUUUUACUUCAAGAUGAUCAAGACUCGAACUGUUGGUGGUGUCCAUAAAUUAGAGAGUGAGGCAAACAAAUACACUCCGGAAGAGCUUAUGCUCAUGAAGAGCCAAGAUAUUGGAUAUGUACUUCAGAAAGUUCAGAGUGAGAAAAAAAAAAUCGAAAAGCUGACUGCUGUGCUACAUUCUAUUGAUAACCAACCAUUAAAUAGAAAAGUUUACUACGCUGAAGACAGGGAGGAGGCUAAAGAAAUCCAGUCACGUUCUUCAAAGCCUGGAAUACCCUUAAAUUCUGAGAACAUUCCUGAGCGAAUUAAAAGGAAAACAUCGGCUUCCUACAGUGAACUAGAAGCAAGAAAGAAAAGGGUCAAUGAGUUGGAGAAAAUCUACAUGGAUAUGUCAAUGCAGCAGGAAUUGCGGAAAAAGGGUCGGAAGCGCAAACUACGCGAGGAUGAGAUUGUCACGCCAACAUCCAAACCAGUUUUCAAGUGGAGGGCAGAGCGGAAGCGGUGAAAAGAAUAGGAAUUACAGGUGCUUGGAUCACAACAAUUUUGUUUAUAUUAAACAAGUUUCUCUUUUACAUUAUAGAGAUAUGCCCACUUUCAAAAACAUGUACUUUGCGAAAACGCAGCCGCAUCUUUAAAAUUCUAGUUCUGCAGUGGCUUUCAUAAAUAUAUUUUCUUCUUUAUUUAUAUAA